UUAACCAAUCAGCACUCUUCGGCUCAGCGCGUACAUUUUCACGUUAGGUAGAGAAGGAAAGGGGACGAGCGAGGAGUUGCACCGCAGGUCGCAGCAGCUGUUUGGUCCUUGCUUAUUAAGUUCCGCCUUUCAACACGCCCUUUGUCCCUGUAAUAAAAAUCGCUCACAGGGGGCAGUUUUGUGCUUCUCUCUCCCCGCUGCCGCCGCCUGUUCCCCGGACCGAGGUGCCCACCUCAUCUCCUCCGCAGUCAGAGGACCAUGGAGACAGAAAUUGAACAGCAAGACGACGCUUCAUUCAGCAACACAGAGACCAACGGUAAGCGCCCUGCUGAGGAUGCAGAUGAGCAGAAAUCAUUCAAGCGCUCCAGGAACUCGGACGAGAUGGUUGAGCUCCGCAUCCUCCUGCAGAGCAAAAAUGCAGGAGCUGUAAUUGGGAAGGGUGGCAAAAACAUCAAAGCCCUUCGUACAGACUACAAUGCCAGUGUGUCAGUCCCAGACAGCAGUGGGCCUGAGCGCAUCCUGAGCAUCAGUGCCGACAUCGAGACGAUUGGAGAAAUCCUGCUGAAGAUUAUUCCAACGCUGGAAGAGUACCAGCAGUACAAUGGCAUGGAUUUUGACUGUGAGCUGCGCCUGCUGAUCCACCAGAGCCUGGCUGGCUCGAUCAUCGGAGUGAAAGGAGCCAAGAUUAAGGAGCUCCGCGAGAACACAAAGACCAGCAUCAAGCUUUUCCAGGAGUGUUGUCCUCAGUCAACAGACCGAGUAGUGCUGGUUGGCGGUAAAACAGAGAGGGUGGUGGAGUGCAUCAAGACUAUGCUGGAGCUCAUUGCUGAAGCUCCCAUUAAGGGCCGUGCGCAGCCAUAUGACCCCAACUUCUACGACGAAACGUAUGAAUACGGUGGUUUCACAGUGAUGUUUGAAGAGAGGGGAGGCGGCCGCAGGCUCAUUGGAGGCUUCCCCAUCCGUGGGGGCAGGUCCAGCGGUGGAGACCGCGGGUUUGACCGAAUGCCCUCUAGCAGAGGGGGACGGGGACCCAUGCCACCCUCCCGCAGGGAUUACGAUGAGAUGAGUCCCCGCCGAGGUCCUCCUCCACCCCACCCAAGUCGGGUUUCCAGGGGGAGUGGCCGUGGACGAAACAUGCCCAUGGGACACCCUCACAGAGGAGGAGAUGAUCGUUACUAUGACUCGUACCGCGGCUCAGAUGAGAGGUCAAAUGACAGAAGAGGAAGACCGGAUCGCUAUAGCGAUAACAUGAGCGGAGGAGGAUAUGACAACAGUUCCUCCUGGGAUAGCUACCCGUCAGGUGGACGUGGCUCCUACAAUGACAUGGGCGGCCCUGUCAUCACCACACAAGUGACGAUCCCUAAAGAUCUGGCUGGCUCUAUCAUUGGUAAAGGAGGCCAGCGGAUCAAACAGAUCCGCCACGAGUCUGGAGCCUCCAUCAAAAUCGAUGAGCCCCUGGAAGGUUCUGAGGACCGAAUCAUCACCAUUACCGGCACCCAGGAUCAGAUCCAGAACGCACAGUUCCUUCUACAGAACAGUGUGAAGCAGUACUCUGGUCAUUUGCUGUAGACCCAGGAGACUCAGAUUGAAGCAGACUCAGAUUACCCCCUCCCACUCAGCCCCACCCCCUCACCCUCACCCCAUCCCCCUCAACCUUUCUGCCCCUCUCCAACAUAUCCCCUUCAGACUAUUAUUCUGGAUUGUGGGUGUCUUUUUUUGAAUUUUAUUUUUGUAUUUUUUAAUGAAAUAAAUGUCCAACAUUCCUGUGCAUAAAAGAAAAUGUAGAUGUUCUGCAUUUUUAAGAGUGUAGUCCAUUAGUUUAUCAGAUACACUUUGCUCUUUUUUUUUUUUUUUCUAACACUCACAUCUAUCAAAAAUAUACUUCAGUCUCCUGACAGACAGAAAUAAACAUAACCUUUAUUUUAUGAUGGUUUUGUUUUUUAUGACUUGUAUGCGUGUGUUUGUGUCUCUGGUUUAAAUCUGUCCUGUGUGUAAGCCUGUGAGUGUGUGAGUGUGAGCGUAUCAGCAGGUUGGUGUGCUUUCUCUUGUCUAUAUCGGUCCCUUCACACAGUUCUACCAUGUUAACAUUAGCAACAUGCAGAAUGUAAGGUAAUGUUUUUAGAGAUGUGGGAAAUUUUACUCCUCAGAAUGGAUUUUGGGAUGUUUACGUUGGGACUCUACGCGGGAUAUGCAGGACAGUGUGACUAAUUUGUAAGAAUAUCACGGUAGUUGUGUGAUGACAUAAGUCAGAAUAAUUUGGGUAACUCCUCACAAAUGGAAAAAUGUAGCUAGAGAUUUUCUUUGACAUUUUACUGGAGAUUUGACAAAUGAUGGAACUUGUCUAUUUUGUCCCUACAAUUUCCUGUGCUCUACACUUGUUUGCUCUCCAUGCUGUAGACUUCACAUUGUCAAAUUGUAAAAUUAAUAAAGAUGGUGCCACUUUUUACUGAA